AUGGUGGCAUCCAGGCUGCACAAUUUAUGCACCGAGGUUCCCUCUGCUUUUGUGAGCCUCACACCCUCUGCUCUGUGCUUCCUCCCUACGUGCCACAGGUCCUCCUCCUGGGCCUCUGUCUUCAGUGUCAUUCCCACCAUCUGCUUUGGCUUCCAGUGCCACGAGGCGUGUGUGGCCAUCUACAGCAGCAUGAGCAACCGGAGCUUCUCCCACUGGGUCACUGUCUCUGUACUGUCCAUGCUCGUCUGCCUGCUCAUCUACUCCCUCACGGGGCUCUAUGGCUACCUGACCUUCGGCGAGGCCGUGGCCUCCGAUGUCCUGAUGUCCUACCCCGGGAACGACCCGCUCGUCGUCGUCGCCCGCCUGCUCUUCGGCGUCUCCAUCGUCACCAUCUACCCCAUCGUGGUGCUACUGGGCAGGUCGGUGGUGAAGGAUUUGUGGGCAGCCCCCAAGCGCGGGGCCGCGGCGGUGUCUGAGGCGGCUGCUCUCAUCGCCUGGGGUGUCCUCUCCGUGCUGGGCGGUGCCUUUGUCUGCGGGCAGAGCGCUGCCCUGGCCGUGCUGGGGCUGCUGCGCUGA